AUGAAUGUUGAAUGUGCGCGAGGAAUAAAGGAAUUAUUGGACACUACACAACAAUGUUUGCAUUCUUUACAGAAUUUAGGAAUAGAUACUGAGACUUGGGAUCCUAUAGUAACUCACGUGGUUGUUUCAAAAUUGGAUAUGGAAUCUCACAAGCUAUGGGAACAAUCACUAGGAUCUUCCACACACAUUCCUUCCUUUACGUCCUUGGCGUCUCACCUAGAAAAUCGAUUCAGAUCUUUAGAAAUGGUCAGUAAUUCAAACAAAGAAGUAUUCAAAAGAGACUCACCUAAAGCAAAGGACACAACUAGAACAAACUCGCACAACACACCUGUAAGAAGUUUUGUUGCAGAAGCCACACGCACUUGCACAUACUGCUCACAAAACCAUUAUGUUUGCCACUGUAAAGAUUUUGCCAACUUAGAUGUCACUUCACGUAAAGAUUUCGUCAAACAAAACAACAUUUGCUUCAACUGUCUUGUUCAAGGUCACAGAGUGUCUAAAUGUAGACAGAAUACAUCUUGCAGCCAGUGUGGCCUACGUCACCACAGCCUGCUCCAUAUUACAAACCCUGAUAAGCCACCUGCCAAUGAUAAAGAAGAGAACCCACAAGCAACUUGCAACCACGUCACCAUGAGAGUACAAUCUGAAACAGAAGGCGAUCAAGUUAUAUUAGCAACAGCACAGAUUGCAGUAAAAGCUAAGAAUGGAAAUACUUACGUACUAAGGGCUCUCAUCGAUCAGGGGUCACAAACCUCAUUUAUCACAGAAGCAGCUUCACGACUUUUACAUCUGGAUCGUAUUCAUGUAAACGGCAAAAUCAAUGGUAUUUCAGACACAACAGUGGUAAAGACACGAUCUAUGGUCAAUUUCACAAUGCUCACUAAACCUGAACUCUCUCCACUUGAAGUAAAAGCUUAUGUCCUGAAAAGGCUCACAUCCCCGUUACCGACAAGAGAGUUCUCACAAGAGUUCUGGCCUUCUCCUAUGCAGUUAGAUCUCGCUGAUCCUAACUUUCACAAGCCAGGCUCCAUUGAUGUAUUGCUAGGUGCCGACGUGCACGCAAAGAUAGUCCUACCAGAUAUACACAGGCACGAAUCUCUCGUCGCUAUCAACUCUAGCGUUGGAUGGUUAAUAUCUGGAAAAGUCAUUCACAUGGACUCACAAAAAGAAACUCACAAAGAAACUCACAAGGAAACUCACAAGGAAACUCACAGGGAAACUCACAAGGAAACUCACAAGGAAACUCACAAGGAAACUCACAAGGAAACUUACAAAGAAACUCACAAGGAAACUCACAAAGAAACUCACACGGACUCUGAAAAGGAAACUCACACCGGUAAUGAAGCUCACAAGGACAGUGUAAAUGUAACUCACACUCACGAUGUCCUCCGGCUGACGAGUCCGAACACUAUGAUGAAAGUAGUUUAUGAUGCAAUGACUGUUCCUGAAAAUGAUAAAACCAUUAAGAAAGAAUUAUUGCCAGGACCUUCACUAUUGCCAUACAAGGAUGAAUUGAUGACUAGCUGCUACUCUGAAGAUGAUGUGAUAAGCCUGCAACACAGUUUAAGUGCAAUAUUAACUCAAUGCAAUUUCCCUUUGCACAAGUGGUCCUCCAAUAGUGAAAAAGUGUUUAAUCAAAUUCCAAAUAAAAGUAAUUUGCUAAAAAGUGAAGUGAAUAUAAAAUUCAAAGCUAAAGCUGGCUUGGAUUGGGACGAAGAGUUCACACCCGAACUGAAAACUUAA